AUGAAUUAAGACAAAGAAUGGAGUUUAGAUAGUUGGAAAAAUUAUUCGGCUGUUUAAUUACCGAUAUAUUCAGAUGUUCAACUAUAUUAAGAUACUCUUCAAAAAAUAAAAAAACUUCCAGAAAUCCUAAAUUUUGAAGAUAUAAAUGCUUUUAAAACUUAAAUGAUUAAGGUUAGUAAAGGUGAGAAAUUUGUCCUGUAGUUGGGAGAUUGUGCAGAAGUAUUUGAUGAAUGUACUGAAGAACAUUGGAAAGAGAAGUUUAGUUUUUAUGAUCGAAUGGGCUAGAUCUUGGAUGCAAUAGUCAUUGGAAGGACUUGUGGAUAAUUUGCAAAACCACGAUCAUAAUUACUAGAGAAGGAUGGCACUUUAAAUUAUAGGGGUGAUUUAAUUAAUUCAUUGAGCAGAGAUGAGAGAGAGCCUGAUCCCUCACGUUUAUUAUUGGGUGCACACUACACCAAAAAGGGAUUAGAGAGUCUAAAGCAGUAUGAGGGGUAAUAAAUUUGGGUAUCGCAUGAAUGUUUACAUCUUGGAUAUGAAUCAGCUUUUGUGAAAUAAAAUGAAGACUAGUAGUAUUAUUUGUCGAAUACUCAUUUUCCAUGGAUAGGAGAUAGGACAAGAUUGCAUGAUCAUGCUCAUUCAAAUUUUAUUAGGGGCAUUUACAAUCCUGUCGGAAUUAAGAUUGGAUAAACAAUUAAUAAAACAGAGUUUAUUAAUGUGUUUAAGUUGAUUAAUCCAAAAAAUGAAGAUGGAAGGUCAUUUGCUAUAAUUAGAUUAGGAAAGAAUAAGUUAGAUAAAUUGAAGGAUAUUAUUAAUUGGAAGUAAGAGGAAAAAUUGAAUAUUUCAUUCUUUCUGGAUCCUAUGCAUGGAAACAAUUAGGAUAAAAGUGGAUGUAAAAUCAGAAAAAUAGAAGACAUUAUGUAUGAAAUCUAGCAAUUUUUUACCAUAAUGGAACAAUAGAAUGAAGUUCCUGCAGGAUUACAUUUAGAAUGCACACCUUAUGAUGUGACUGAAUGUAUAGAAAAUGAUGAAGAUAUCAAUCCUAAAAAAUACACUACUGCCUGUGAUCCUAGAUUGAAUUUCAGACAAACUAGAAAAAUUAUAAUUUUUGUUAAUACUCUUCUUAAAAAAUUAAGGAAUAAAUAAUGAGACAUUAUUUUUAAUGACUUAUAUAUGUAUUAAUAUUAGUAUCAAAUUGUUGUA